GUUUUUUGCACACUAGCUAACUUGAAGAGUUUAAGACAAGCUAUACCAGUUGCUGUAGUACAAGGAGGUGCUUUAGCUGGAUCGGGCAAAAAAGAUAUAAAAAAUGAAACAACUCUUAUAUGUAAUUCUACGUAUCAAAACUGCGCUGAUUCGCUUAUACGACAAGCUAAAUUUGAUAGAAAGUUAAAAAAAGUAAACUCACCAUUUAAUGUCACAGAGUCUGCAUAUAACUCUUCGGUUGCUGGAGCAUUGGACAACAACAAAGCAACAGUAUUACACAAUAAAACCAUACAUAUCAUUCGCGACAUGUCAGAUUUGAAGCCAAACACUGCUAAUGUCGUCAAACCUCUAAAUAAGACUAUGCCUUCUAUUAAAACUAUAAACGUAUCAGCUCCUACAGGAAACAACAUGACAACUAAGGAGAUAGAAAAUUCCUUUUUGAAAGAGCCUGCAUUUAACAGGAUAAACAAUUCCUUUAAUAACCUUACCAUUGAAGCAAUGGUAACUAACAAAACCAAUUAUGUUCCUACAUUGUCUAUACCAGUUAGCAAUAAUACUAAAAACAAGAUAUUUAAUCAGACUGGAUCUUUUGUACUGUCAAACUUCGUUAGCAAUAAUACUGGAAAUAAAGCACUUUUUAAUGCAACUGAUUCUUCUUCACAAACAAUGCCAGUUAGCAAUAAUACUGAAUAUAAAACUUUUCCCCAUCAAUUUGAAUCACAGUUUAACAGAAACCUAACGAACGAUAUAAUAUUAACCAAUAACACUGACAACAAUGGCUUUAAUAUCACUAUGCCAUCGUUAUCCAAACAGAACGUCAUCUUACCGACCUUUAAUUUAUACGCUACAUUUUAUAAUUCAACUCGAUUAACCAGUCCAACAAACAAUACUACAAGUAAAGAGGUACUUAAUAAUAGAGAAAAUAACUCUCAGAUGACCGUCUUGACGAACAAUGCUUCUUUGGACGGACUACUUAACAACAAAGAAAAUAUUACACAACUGACUAACCAAUCAGGACUUGAUUUUACUGAUAAGAACUUGGUUAAACAAGAACAACUGAAUACCAGUAAACGAGCACAGUUGAUGUUACCAUCUCACGCGACAAACAUAUAUCUACUUUGGUUAGCUGACAAGAUCCAUACUAUGCGAAAAGAAGACAAAGCGGAAAGCAAGGACGACCAUGGAAUAUUAGUGGGUCCAUUAGAUGAUUUACCCGAUCACCCUAAUGGAAAUGGACCACAAGAUAGAAAAACGAAAGAUUUGGAGGGAUCAUACAACACUGAUCCAGUAGGAAAGAAAGGAUCGAAACAUAAAAAGAAGCGACCGAAACGGGCUACUUAUAAUUUUGAUAUCAUUGGCACACCUCAUGAUCACACAUACAACUAUUUAAGCUCUCACCCUGACACCUACGAUGAUGAAGUUCAAAAGCCCUUUGAUUUUGCCCAACAUCAACCACUCAUUACAAAGUUAUAUGACUUGACACGCAAUCCGAAGCAAGUAAUAGCCCAACAUAGUGACACAUGGGACAAAAAUGUACCGCGUUAUGACCUUUCUCAACAAUACUAUACAGGCGCUAUUGAUGAUUAUGACAAGAUGCUGAAGCAAGAAAUAAGCAAUUUAGAUCGAAACACAAUCCCCAAAGUGGGGACAACAUAUCCAAAUGAUGGUAUUGACACUCCACAUGUACCAAUAGGCACGCCCUCUAUGGCGGGAGUCUAUCAUGAUAACUCUUUGCAGAAUAUACUGGAACAACAUCUAAGUGAGAGUGCACCUACCAACACUCAGCCCAAUAUCGAGCCUUUCCUUGACGUUAUUAAAAAGGCAAAUGAAAAAAACGUCGAAGGGACCUUUCCUUAUUCAACUGAAUUUAGUCCAGAAAAUUUAGAUACCAGGGGCGCAAUACCUACGUCUGGUUUUGCAGAAAUGGAACGCAAAGAUAGAGAUAAACAAAUUCAAAGUUUGUUAAAUACGUACGAUCUACAAACAAAGCAAAUUGCAAAUUUGUACAAAAAAAUCAUUAGUCAUAUGACUCCCCAAAACAAUGUAGAAGCUAGAUCUCUUGGACCUCAACAUGAAAGAUUCCCUGAUAACCAAUACCAAGAAGAACAAACUUACCAUGAGAAUCUACCUGACCAAGAAGCUGAGUUUAGAAGUGCUAUGCCCUACCCUGAGAAGGAGAGUGAAGCGUAUCCAGAAAAAUUGUCAGAAAUAUCUGAACACGCUGAGCAGGAAAGAUAUCAUAAUUAUAUACCGGAUACAGAUGGUCAUGCCAUUGAGGGUGUCCCUUAUCCAUAUCCAGAGCAACUAAGAGAUCCGGAUAGUGAUUUUCAGAGAAGAAACAAUGAGUAUCACAACUUUCAUGAUGAAAAUCCAUAUUAUAGAAAUUUUCAUCGGGAUAUGCAACAACGAGAUGGAUAUGAUAAACCAUUUGGUGAAGAGAAGGAGAUAUACAGACAGGAGGAGGAAGAUGAUGUGCUCAAACGACGAAAUCUAUUUCCACCAACAUAUGAAGAAAACUUUCAGGAUGAAAUUAUGCCACGGGAUCAAGUCCCGAAUAAUGGGAUCAUGCGUAAUAAUAUAGUAAAGGAAUUUUUAAAAAUGUAUGCACAUCAAAACCGAAUUCCACCUGAAGACAAUGUUCGUAAUAACAUUGAAACCACACCUUAUCAAAACGCUAUGUUUCCUAAUGUAAAUUUACCUGUAAACAGAAUGAAUAGCUUCCAAAAUAGUGAUGGAUACGUGCCAAUUCGCCCAGCUUCGGCAUUUUUUCCACCCCGAACAAACGGCAACCCAAUUCAAGGUAUAACCGUUCCUAGAAGCAGAACUGCACCUUUAUUUAACCAGUUUGCCCCACAACAAAUUCAGUCUGCAAUACAGGGUGGAUCAAUGGUUAAUAUGGGACAACAACCCAUUCCUUCACCACAACAAGCAGCUGUUAUGACGAACAUGGGGACACCAGCGACAAUGAGUUUUAACCAGAUGGGUCAAGAUCAAGUCAGAAAUAAUAUUGCAGGCCAACAAGGGAUCGUGAUGUUGAUGGUUACAACACCAACAAACACUGACAAUGAAAAUAGUGACGAAAAUAGAAAUGGAAGAAAAGAAAUUGUGAAGCAUAAAGAACUUACUCAUGAUGGCAUCAAACGAACAAGCAGUAACGUUACAGAUGAUGAACGUGACUUCUCCAUCAAUUUAAAAAAAGCAGCGAAUUUUGUAUUAAACAAUGCUGUAAAAGAAGGAAACAUAUCAUUAAUUCAAAGAGCUGAAAUUGAAAGGAAACUCAAUCGUUUACUUGAUCAAAGAUAUAAAAACAAAACUAGAGGUGAAAUUCGUGCACAAACAAGAGCAGAAAUACCCCGAGCAUGGAAUGGUACAUGUAUGGAUACUCGACAUGACUGUGCCCAGUUUAAAGCUGGAGGAGUGUGUCCAUUUAUGAGAACAUUCAUGAAGGGAACUUGCACUAAAACAUGUAAUGAUUGCCCUGAAGAUAAUUUAAAAGGUGUAACCGCAGCGAAGCUAUACGACUACAUUUUAAAGAAAGGAGCAAGUAUAAAAUUUUCAACUGCAGCUGAUUUUUUGGCAAACAUCAAAGGUGUUGCUAAAUCUCACACGCCAACAGUAACUGUUCAAAGAAAAAUUGAUUUAAAAACUCCAAAAAUUCCUGUAGAUCCUGUUAUGUAUCUAUCUUUUGAUAAUGUCACAGCCGAUGGAGUUGUAAAUGAUAACUCUGGAAACAAUAACAAGGCACUGUUAGAGAAAGGUGCUGCAAUGUCACCUAGGAUUUUAGGUACUUGUGGGAAAGCCAUUGAAUUAAAUGAAGGUAGUGUAUCCUGGAGUGGUGACACUUUCAAACGCAAGCCAGAUUCUGCAAUUUCUAUUGCCAUGUGGGUAAAAGUUAAAAAAAGUGGUGUAAUCAAUUGGUUUGCUAAUGGAAAAAAAGGCGAUAAAACAUUCUAUGCUAAAUCAAAAGGAACGGCUGUACCAGCAAAGGUUUGGACACAUGUUGCUGGAACCUUUGAUUCGAAUACAGGUUUAGCUAGAAUUUACAUCAAUGGAGAUUUAGAAGAAGAGUUACAACAACGUAAAGGAGCCAAGCUAGCUAAGAACUGGUUAGUUAAUGGUAUCGGAAGUACAUUUGGAGACGACAGCUUGCAUUAUGUUGACGAAGUAAUGAUAUAUGAUCGCGCACUAACAAAUAGUGAGGUCCGAAUGCUUUUUAACAGAUGCAUGUUUAACAGAAUGGUCCUGCAUUUUGGAUUUCAAAAAGGAAACAAGACAAAUAUCAAUGAUCAAUCUGGUCUUGAAAAUAACGGUAUUCUAAUCGGAGGAGCUACGCAAAAGUCAAACUGUGAUCGUUGUGGAGCAUGUCUGGACUUAACAGAAGGACCAGAUCCAACCAUGAGAAUCCAACAAGUUUCUGAGAAAAAUCUACCCAAGAUCAAGCUCUCCAUUACCGCUUGGAUAAGCUUAAACUCUACAAGGGGUGUUCAUAACAUAUUUACGACGGAAAGCAGUGAAGGUAACAUAGGCUACCGCUUACAGGUAGUGAAUGGAAGAAUAAGAUGGGCUAUUGGGACAGAUACUGUGCCUGUCCUGUUUGAUAACAUGACUACCAGUGUUGUUAUCCCUGAAGCAUUAUGGACCCAUAUUAUUGUUAGUUAUAACAAUGAAAAUGGCUUGAUUAAAAUAUAUGCUAAUGGUUUAUUAAAAUUCAAAGACAAUGUACCGGAAUAUAAACGGGAAUAUUUGCCGACAAAUUGGGACAACGACGCCAGCAUUGGCGACGCGACGUUAAAGGGUUACAUAGAUGAAUUUAUAAUGUAUAACUGGGAGCUUGAUGAUUCGGAAGCUUUAUAUGUAAGAAAUUAUUGCGCUGAUCAUCCAAAACUUGUACGGUUUACUGUUAGAGUACCCUUAACUAAAAAGACAAUUGUACCAAGGGCGCAACAGACAGCUCUUAGACAAAACUGGUGGGAUGUAUAUACGAAGUUCGCACGACAGAAAAUGCUUCGCGCGAAAAAAGGAACAACUGAGAAAGCUACAAAAAAUGUUGCGCUUACACCAAGCAAUUCUUUUACUCUCCUGAAACGAAAGAGAAGAAGUUCUGAAGUUUAAUAUCUUGUGUUAUUGUUUUCACCAUGUGGUGUAUGAGUCAAUUAAUUGCAAACGCAAAACAAAAAUAAAUUAUUAGAAUAAUUUUCUCCUAUAAUGUAACCCGCUAGAAACACACAUCAUUUGCUUUUAUAUUGUUCCAGAAUUGUAAAUAA